AUGAACCGGAUACUUGGCGCCGAGCACUUCGUGGUGUACAACUACAGCAUCUCCCCGGCUGUUGACCAGAUUCUCCAGCGCUACCAGCAGGAUGGUCUGGUCACUGUUCUCCCAUGGGCGGUUCCAACCGAGGAAGUCCACUACUAUGGACAAAUGGCUGCAGUGAAUGAUUGCGGUUAUCGAAACCGCAACAUCUCAAGAUUCGUGGUUUACGUGGACACUGACGAGCUUAUCAUUCCCAGGAAUCACUUUACCUGGAUGGAGUUACUUGAUACUAUCUCCCCCGAAGAACACGACGUUUCGGCUUUGAUGCAUCCAUCAGACCCAUCACGAAAAUCACUUAAAACAACUGGAAGCUUUAACUUUAGGUCAAGUUUCUUCAAGAUUAGUGAUACCACAAACUGGACAGAAAUUCCUUCACAGUUUUCAUUUUCUGAUGAAGAAAAGAAAAACAUUGAAAAAUUCAAGUUUCUAACACUGUCUCAGUUUUGGCGUGGGGAAAAAAUAUUUCCAAAAGAUGAUAGGACGAAAUAUAUAACUCGCCCAGAGCUGGUCUACGCCGCCGGCAUCCAUUUUGUGCACUCCUUUGUGAGCAACGCAGCUGUUGUUUUAGUGAACAAUAACUUGGCAAUAGUUCAUCAUUACCGGAGCUGGAGCCCUGAAAAACUGGUAAUGGAAAUGAGUAUACUUAAGUUUAAGAAUCAGUUGUACGCACGGCUCAUGCAACAGUGUCAACGAUUUCCUAGUAUCUUUAGGUAG